GCUCAGUACAUGGACACUUUCGCGACCGGCUAGUUACAUGUACUGUUGUAUGAACACUGGCCGCAGUCGCUGCGCUUCCCGCGCUGACUAGCGCUGUUGCGUCGCGCGGGCCCUCCCUUAAUUAUAUGCCCUAUUGCCAAGUAUAGCUUUAACCAUGAACAGUUAGGCACGUUUUUUGGUCAGAGGUGGACUGGCGUGCAACAGCGCUUGGAAGAGGCAAUGCGGCACUUGAUGCACUCGCGCAGCGCUGGCGCAGCUCGUGGCUCUGAAAAGGAUGAAAGUGGAGGAGUGCAAUCCGGUAGCCCGGGGCUGCACAGCCUUGGCGGUCCGCGAAACAUGCUCUCAGACAGAACAAGCGGCUCCUUUGCGCUCGACCUGCUCCCUAGCAGAUCGCCCACAGCGUUGAAGCGCGCCGAUGCCGCUGCCAAGCGACGACAGCUCCUGGGCGUUGCCUCGCUGCUGGUGACGGCCUUCCUGUGGGGCAGCUACAGCCCCGUGCUCAAGCUGCUGUUCAGUGGGCCCUCGCCGCCCUCCGCGGCGCUCAUGACAGCGGCGCAGGCGCUGCUGGCUGCCGUGUUCCUCAUCGCCUCCUCCGCACAGGCCGCCUGGGCAGCAGCCGCCACCGGGAACUGCAGCGGCGGACUGGGGGCGGCGGCGGCAGCAGCAGCAGCAGCAGGAGGCGGACACCACAGCCACGGCCACAGCCACCACAACCGCGGCGGCGCACGUGUGCUGGCCACCGUGCUGCGGCCGCUGCUGCGCGCGCUCGGCUACAGCCACAUGCCGGCCUGGCUCGCGUACGGCAGUAGCAGUACCAGCAGCGGCGGCUACAGCGGUGGGCUGCUUGGUGGCAGCAGCAGCAGCACCGGCGCCCGCCGCGCGCCCUUGUUUCCACCAAAGGCAACGCUUGGGUACCACCCGCACCCGCACCCGCACUCGCACAGUAGCGGCGGCGGCGCCUCGGCGCCGCCCCACCACCCCACCGGCCUUCACACCUCGGCGGCAGGGGCUGGGGGCUUGGGCGGCUCCGCGCCGUCGCUGCCGCGGCUGCAGCAGCAGCAGCAGCAGCAGCAGCAACAGCAGCAGCAGCUCACGCCGCUGGCGUCGCGCGGCUCGGACUCGGACCUGGCGGAGAGCGGCGGCGGCGGCGACGGCAAGUGGGCGGCGGCGGCGGCGGCGGGCGUCGGCGGCGCGGGGGGUGCGGCGCUGCUGGGAUCGGUGGCGGCGGCGCCGCCCCGCGUGCACCGCUCGCCGCGCUGCAGCGGCGGCGGCGGCGGCGGCGGUGCGGGCAGCGGCACCGGCAGCGGCACGGAGAACGAGUCUGGGUACGGGGCGCCGGCGGGACUGGGAGGUGGCGGCGGCGGAGGCGCAGGAGGAGGAGGUGGCGGGGGCGCGAGUGCGCACGGCGCCAUCAGCCCGGCGAGCUCUGGGGCCGUGCUGGCGGCCUCUGCCUCCGGCACUGCCGCCGGCACGGGCACCAGCACGGCGCCUGUGUCGUUGCAUCCGGCGCGGCACCGCAGCGGCAGCCACGACGACCGGCUGCCGGGGGCGUCGGGCGGGUCGGGGCCGGCGGGUGGGGGGCAUGGGUUGGGUGACGUGCCCGGCACCGCCCACCACCGCCACAGCCACACCCACCAGCAGCAGCAACACCACCUCAGUGAACGCCUCAGCGGCGGCCACCACAGCAGCCAUAGCAGCCACCACGGGCACGGGCACCGGGGUCGGGCCGGCAGCGGCGGCCACCACGGCCGGAGCGGCGCCGGCGCCGGCCACGCCGGCAACCUGCUGGCCACCCCCCUGACCAGCCUGGUGGCGGCGGGGCUGGAGCUGGGGCUGUACAACUUCGGGGCGGUGGCGUUCGGCACGUGGGGCGUGCAGCGGCUGUCCGCCACCAAGGUGGCCUUCCUGGGCCAGGCCACCUCGCUCAUGACGCCGCUGCUGGUGGCGGCCAGCGGCCAGCGCGUGGCGCGAGUGGUGUGGCUGGCCUGCAUGGCGGGCGCCGUGGGCGGAUGCCUGGUGGCCAUGGACGGCCGCAGCAGGGCGGCGGCUGUAGCAGGAGGGCUGGGGGCGGACACGGCGGCUGUAGCAACCACAGCGGGAGGCGUGGCGGGGGCGGGGGUGGGAGUGGGGGUGGGGGUGGGGCUGGCGGCGGCUGCGCCGCCGGGGCUGCUGUCGGCGGCGGCGGCGGCGCUGGUGGAGGAGGUGGGGGCGGCGGCGGGGCACCUGCACCUGCACGGGCACGGUCACGGGCACGGGCACGUGCAGCAACACCCCAUUCGGCUGGAGCACGAGUCGGGGGGAGGAGGAGGGGGAGGAGGCGUGGCGGCGGCGGCAGCGGGAGGAGGGGGAGCUGGAGGGGGGAGGGCGUUGCGGCAACACCACCUGCAGCAGCAGCAGCAGCAGCCGACGGCGGCGGCGAUGGGGCUGGGCAGCUCGUUAGGUGGUGGUGUGGGCGGCAGCGGCAGCGGCGUGGCGGGCGGGGCAGUGGCCGUGGGCUCACGGGCCCUGCGCCUGGAGACGGCGGCCGCAGGUGCUGGGGCGGGGGCGGGGGCGGGGACGGGGGCAGCAGCAGCCGGCGGCGGCUCUGGCGGCUCUGGCGGCGGCGCGCACUCGGCUCACGCGCACCUGCUGGCUCGUGGCGCGGCGCUGCCUCCCGCGCUGAGCCCUGACGCCAUGGGCGCCAACUACGUGCUGGCCAGGCGCGUGGGGGGGGGGUAGCCAUCCAUGGGAUGGUGUGUAUCAAAUAUGAAGUGAAGUGCCGACGUCCAGAGGUACAGCGGGCACACGCGACGCAUUCCAUACCGUUGUUUCGCCAGCGGCAGGCUGCUGGUUCCCCCGUGUUUCCGUGGCGGCUAACGCUAAAAUACUAAGUUCCUAUUGAAAGCAGGUAGUCUGGAGUAGUAGUGGUGAUAAGUAAGGCUCGUUGGUAAAGAAGCUGAGUGCAUGCGUCUAGGUGGCUAGCUUAGCUGCUGCGGCGCGAAACCGGGACCCCGCGAACUCACCUAAUCGCUCAGCAAUGCAAGCCACGCCAGAGCCGCGCGCGCAGGGGGAAGCACACACAGGAAAUGGGCGAGCGGCAGUAAGGCGUGGCGGACUCAAACGGCAAACAGGCGGCACAGACAUACAAGCAAACGUGCAAUGCGAGUAGUAGUGAGAGCCAAAGUAAAAACGUAAAA